AUGCCGCAGCGCUUGGAUGGCGCUGCGCCUAUCUCCGAUACGGAAAAGAAGCGUGCAAAAGCAGCGCGCCUUGCGGAAUGGCGUCGCACACAGGCAAGUAAGCGCGAGUCAGAGUCGAGCAGUGGCGCUGCAGAGAAGCGCCCGAAGCCAGCGCCAAAGAAAAUGGGGCUUCGGGGUCCUGCGCAAGGCCCUGCGCCCAAGCUGCCUGCGCGCGCCUUUUCCGGCGCGGACGAUGAGGAAUAUGUACCCAUAAACCAACAGGCACGCAAGACUGCCCUAUUGUUGGAUGAAGGUAGCGACGCAAACCUCGAUGAGGCCCACGGCCAGGACCCGCUGGAUACAUACAUGACGAGCUUGGAUGCCCAAGUAACGCGCGAGGAGAAUAUAAGCAGGGAUAUGGACAGAGAGAUUGUAUCGGACGAUGAGAUCCUUCCCGAAGCAGACGAUGAAGGGAAUGAGCUGGGCAGUACCGAACAGAGCCCAGAGGACCUGCUCGCGUUCGCGACGAAACGCGCGAAGCGCGAUGUACCGAUGGUCAACCAUCGCGAAAUGGAGUACGAGCCUUUUCGCAAAGCAUUCUAUACAGAGCCCUUUGAGCUGUCCAACAUGUCAGACGCCGAUGUGGAGCGCAUGCGCGCGGAAAUGGAUGCCAUAGCCGUUCGCGGAAAAGAGUGCCCAAAACCCAUUACGCGGUGGUCGCACACGGGCUUGCCCGUGAGUGCUUUGGACGAGAUAAAAAGCAUGGGCUUUACAAGUCCCACGCCCAUCCAGAGCCAAGCCAUUCCCACGAUUAUGAGUGGCCGUGAUAUGCUUGGGGUGGCCAAAACGGGCUCUGGCAAGACGCUCGCAUUUCUGCUCCCCAUGCUACGUCACGUAAAAGACCAGCGCGCGCUCUCUUCUGGCGAAGGUGCAAUUGCCAUGAUUCUCACGCCCACACGCGAGCUUGCUGUGCAAAUCUUCCGCGACGCAAAGCCAUUUUUGCGCGCACUGGGACUACGCGCCGCUUGUGUUUAUGGUGGCACACCCAUUUCUGAGCACAUAGCCGCGAUGAAGAAAAGUGCAGAGGUGGUGAUCGGCACGCCCGGCCGCAUGAUUGAUCUCUUGAUGGCGAACAAUGGGCGUGUGAUGAACUUGCGGCGCACCACCUAUCUCGUCCUAGACGAGGCGGAUCGUAUGCUGGACAUGGGCUUUGAACCGCAGGUGAUGAAGAUUGUGGACAAUGUGCGGCCCGACAGACAGAGCGUCUUGUUUUCUGCGACCUUUCCAAAACAAAUCGAAGGCCUCGCACGCAAGCUGCUGCGGCACCAGCCAGUCGAGAUCACUGUCGGCGGCAAGAGCGUCGUCGCGGCAGAGAUCCACCAGGUUGUCGAAAUCAUGCCGCAGAGCGCCAAGUUCCACCGCCUGUUGGAGGUGCUGGGAAAAUUGUAUAGCACAGACGAGGAUGCGCGUACGCUCAUCUUUGUGGAGCGUCAGGAUGAGGCCGACGCCCUACUUCGCGAACUUAUGCGCAAGGGAUACCCCACAAUGUCGCUUCACGGCGGCAAGGACCAAGUCGAUCGCGACGCGACGAUUGAGGAUUUCAAGGCUGGGAUCGUGCCUAUUGUCACGGCAACAUCCGUGGCUGCGCGUGGACUCGACGUGAAACAGCUCAAACUUGUGGUGAACUACGACGUGCCGAGCCAUAUGGAGGACUACGUACACCGUGCAGGCCGCACUGGGCGUGCAGGGAACAAGGGAACGUGCAUUACCUUUAUCACACCCGAACAGGACAAGUAUGCACGCGAUAUUAUGGUCGCGCUCAAAGCAAGUCAUGCCAGUGUACCGCCUGCAUUGGAGGAAAUGGUCGCAUCUUUUCGCGAGAAGCUCGCAAAUGGCGCCGCCCACGCCGCUUCGUCAGGGUUCGGUGGCCGCGGCCUUGCGCGGCUCGAGGUGGACCGGCACGAAACGCUGCGCAUCCAGCAAACUGCCUACAAUGACAGCCGCGAGGAUGAAAAUAACGUUGAUCUCGACGCACUCCGCGCAGAAAAUGAGGCGUCCAAAAUGGACACGAGUAUACAGGUGCGUUCAGGCGCGGUGCCAGAAGCGGUGCGCGAGAACAAAGUCCCGCAACUGUACGACUUCUCCGACGAGGGUUCGAUCAAUAUGGCCAAGUUGGCUGCGGUGCGUGCGGGCGGUGCCAAUACGGCGAAAUUGCGCGAGAUCAUAGCGCGGAUCAACGCAACGUCGCAGAGCCGCAAAGAAGGCGCUGCAGCCGCGAUUGCCGAAGCGAUCGAGCAGUCGCGUCGAGCGCGCGAUCCGGACGCGACGAAUUUCCACGCCUUGGUUCCGAUCAACGACUUUCCGCAAAAAGCGCGCUGGCGAGUGACAAACAAAGAGACCAUGGCGCAGCUCAUCGAGACGACUGGUGCGUCCAUUACCAGCAAGGGUGCAUUCUACGACAAGGGCCGCGAGCCGCAGCCGGGGGACGCGCCAAAACUCACGCUACUGAUCGAGAGCAACGAAGAGUACCGAAUCGAGCACGCGGUACGGGAAAUCAAAAGACUGCUGCUCGAAGGUACACAGUCAUUUAUCGAGGACCAAUCACGCACGCCGCAAGCAGGUGGGCGUUAUACGGUGGUAUAG